GCCGUAGAAAAACAAAACUCUGGAUAACAACAAAACGAAGCUUUUACAGCCAACUUUCAGCCAAAAAUAAUUUUCUUCGCGAUCUUUGAGGCGUCUCACAAAUUUUCGGGGUUUUUAGCGGCUCUUUGUGGCAUUUCGGCCGAUGUUGUUUAUCUGUAGUAAGGGGAGGGGGGCUUGAAACCGCCCUCUCUUGCCCCAUUUCCUCGGUUGUUUUCCUUCUCUCGCCUGGAUUCUCCAUGUUGUUGGUGCAAAAGUGAGGACUUCGCUGCGACAGGGAAGGGGGGCUGCUCGGCGAUAUCACCAGUAACAGUUGCUGUAGACAAGACGGACCGCACACAGUGUCAGAUAGCUUCUAAAAAACAUAUCCAAGUGCCUCGCCCCCUCCCCAGGCAGCAGACCUCCGACGGAAGAACAAGAAACGGUGGGAGAAGAAAGAAAACUGGGAAGAAGAUAAAUCCUGAGGCGGAUGAGCAGAAACCUCGGCCAAUACUGGGAUCAUCUUGUCCACAGGAGCCAAUGAGGGAUGCCCAUCAGUGUUCGCGGACAGGAUUUGAGGAUUUUGAGGGCUCCGUGAUUGUCAGAUGGAAAGUUCUGUUAUCACCCAAGUGCAGAAAGAAGACGUCCAAGUGUCCCCGAAGACAGGCCAGGUGAGCCGCUCUGCCCUGAAACAGCCUCGGAGUUGUAACAUCUUCAAAGCCCUCUUCUGUUGCAUCCAAGCUCAGGAUGGCCCCAAACCACCAGCGCCGCUACUACUGCCGCCUUCCCAGCAAGUCUUGCUGGAGUCACAGGAAAAUGGGACAGUUGUCAAGUCUGAAGUCAGCCUCCUGCCUGAGAUGAAGGCCCAAGACCAGGGGAAGAUAUGUGUGGUCAUAGACCUGGAUGAGACCCUGGUGCACAGUUCAUUUAAGCCUAUUAGUAAUGCAGACUUCAUCGUACCGGUGGAGAUAGAGGGGACCACACACCAGGUGUAUGUCCUGAAGAGGCCGUACGUGGACGAGUUCCUGCAGAGGAUGGGAGAAUUGUUUGAAUGUGUGCUGUUUACAGCUAGUCUUGCAAAGUAUGCAGACCCAGUGACGGACCUGCUGGAUCAGUGUGGCGUAUUCCGGACUCGGCUAUUCCGGGAAUCAUGUGUUUUCCACCAGGGCUGCUAUGUGAAAGAUCUGAGCCGCCUGGGGAGAGAUCUCCACAAAACCCUCAUCCUGGACAACUCUCCCGCCUCCUACAUCUUCCACCCUAAUAAUGCUGUUCCUGUGGUAUCUUGGUUUGAUGACGUGGAAGAUGCUGAACUGCUCAACCUUCUGCCCGUGUUUGAGGAGCUCAGUCAAGCCGAUAACGUUUACACUCGGCUGGACCAGCUGCGUGGACAUUAGCUCUAUGUGGACCGCCUCAGCCUCACUUCCAGAUCCUGUUUGUAACUUCUUAAGUUUCUGCCUCGGCUCAGAAUCAUUUGUUUAGAAAAGGUUGGAUUAGUGUGCAUUUUUAGGCCAUUCCAACGCUGGAGUAGCUCAGCUGAAACUCUUGAUUUAAAAAGUGAGACUUUUCUCUGGACCUCUGUUGACUCUAUCAACAACCACUUUUUGAAAGCACUACAAGAAAGCACAGGACUACCAAAGCAAUCCCAUCAGUCCCAGUUAGGCCAACAUUCAAAAGUGGUUCUUUUGCCAAAGCAGAAACCUGUGUGCCACGAGCUAACUUUUGUUCUUAUGACUGUGCCUUUAAGGAACAAUAACAAGAAAAAGAAGUACAUCAGCUUUUUUUAAAGAAAAAAAAAUCCACCAGUUUUUAUACAUUUAUUGAUUUCUUUUUAUAAGGAAAUCUAUUUUAAAAUGGUGAACAAGGAUCCUCUAUGCAACCCAGCUGUGAUGACAUGGGCAGUACCUCUGAGGAAGCUAGUCAUGGAUUGCAUUUAGCAGAACAUGUUUCUGUAGCCUUAUUUACCUGGAAAUGACAGAGAAACAAGUAAAUAUUAGUUCUGCAAAGGCCUUUUCUAGAAAACAUGCAAUAUAAAUCAUUACUGUUCAGACUGAUGUUAGAAGUUUGGUUAACGUGGUGAAAUGUUGUCUUUGUCAGCUGAAAACAGACACUGGAUAUGUUGGCACAUAGGAUGACCACAGGCGAGAGUUUUCAAAUUUAAUGAUACUUUAUUUGUUACUAUGUUCUUUCUAUUGAUGAAUAACUUGCACUUGAUUUUUGACAGUGCUGAGGGUAAAAAACUGUGCCUUUAAAUUGGGACAGAGAAUAGUGUUUUGCCUGACCUGAGAUUUGUUGGCCUACACUCUGAUGUGUCAUGCUGAGCGUGAGAAACACUGUCAUGAGCGAGUGUAACGCCGGUGGCUGUGGUACUUGCCGUGCAACACUUGAAACUAUCAAAUUUGAUAUUUUUAACAUGUAUGAGUGUUUUUUUUCUAUAUUUAUUGGCCAAAAACUUGUAAUUGUCCAGUACUUUUUAAUGCUCAACAUUUUGUAUUGUGAUCCAUUUUGCCUACAUUGAGGCUGUCCUUGUGUUGAAAAGUUUACCUGUGCCUAAAUAACCCGUUGCUGUUGUUAACGGACAAUUCACAGACUUGCACAGUUAAAUCCACAAACAGAUUUAAAUCUGAGAUACAAGAUGCAAGAAUAUACUUUUUAUCUAACUUUAAAACUCAAUACAGCCUUGUGUGGGGUUGAGUUUACUUGGUGGUCUGGUUUUUCUAUGAUCUUAUGUCUGAUGCUCUCACUGCCUGCAUGUUGACAAUGAAAAUGUCUCAGUUUAAUGACCAAAAGUAUUUGUUUAGUCAUUAUUUUCUUUAUGUUUCAGAAAAAAGAAAAGUGAAAGUUGAUUUUGUCUACUCGACCAAAACUUUUAAAGAAACUACCAGUUUUCAUUUUAAAUAAAACUUGUUUAUAUUUUA